GCCGCCGCCGCCGUCGCCGUCGCCACUGCCGCCGUCGUCGACGCUGCCGCUGCCGCCGCUGGCGCGGUCGCCGGACGCGCGGGGGGCGGGCGGCAUCUCGCGCGACGGGCUCUCGGCUUGCUCCUGCCAGGCCACGGAGGGCCGCGUCGUGACGCCGCAGCAGACAGAUCAGCUGUACCAUCAGAUCGCGUCCAUCGACGUCGGGGUGGUGAAGAUGUCCGGUUGCGUCAGCGAGUGGUGGUUCUGCAGCCGGUGGCGGACCGGGCAGAGGCUGGUCAACAUGCUGAGCGUCGGGGUGCCCGCCAUCGUGUGGGGUGACGCGCAGGGGCACCUGGACGUGGUAGAGGCACGCUGGCCGCCC